UUGAUCUGUUGAUGGUCGCAGCCCUCCGCAUAUCUAUGCAACGACGAGGCCCCUUCCUCUGCUGGGCUCUCACUCUUUCUUCCCGAAGGCUUCUAUGCAGAGCCGAGGAAUUGAUGGAUACUGUUAAUAAGCAUGUGACGCGUGUACUAUUUUGUGGAUUUGAUUUCUCAUCUUCUCAGAAAUACACACGGGAAUAUCUACAAAAUCAUCCAUACAUUCAGGUUGAUGAUGUGGCCCUCGAUGAGAUCCCGUUCGUUAUUCAAAAUUAUGAUAUGUGUGUGGUAAAAAAUAGCCGUCUGGAUGCAAAACUUAUUGCUAGUGCAGUUCAGAUGAAGCUUAUAAUGCAAUUUGGUGUUGGAUUGGAAGGUGUUGAUGUCAAUGCUGCCACAAAACAGAACAUUAAGGUUGGAAGAAUUCCUGGAAGGACUACUGGUAAUGCUGCAUCAUGUGCAGAAAUGGCAAUAUAUUUGAUGCUGGGUCUUCUCCGGAAGCAAAAGGAGAUGGAAAUUUCUGUCAAGAAGAAAAUAUUAGGUGAUCCAAUAGGAGAGACGCUAUUUGGGAAAACUUCUCUCGGCCUAUGUUGUAUCGAUAUGGAUACGGCGGAACAGAUAUGGAUACAGGACACAUCAAUUCUUAAAAAUAUAGGAUACAGAUACGGCGUAGAUAUGCCAUUAUAA